GUCGCAUGCGUAUUUCAAUCAAUAGUUUAUUUUUUAAGUAGUUUAUGACGGAUCUAGUAUAAUUAUGUCAAAAACUAUUAUGUCAAAAUUUUUGCCAAACGAGGACGAAAUUUCAGUUGUAGAAGUAGAGAAGCAACGUGCUAUUUAUGAUAGUUCUCUCCAACAACACAAAGACUACGGAUAUAUAAGUAAAUGCUGGAGCAAUAUUUCGGCUGUAGUUGGAAAAUCACCUGAGGAUUGCAAAAAUAGAUGGCGGAAUAUACGUGAUACCUACAUGAGGCACAAAAAAAAACUAGGAACUGGAUCUCCAGCAAUAUUAUCUAAAAAAAAAUGGCCUUUAGCUGGUCAUUUGUCAUUUUUGGAUAAUGUUGAGUAUGAAAGAAUUACGAUAUCAAAUGUGUGCAAUGAUCUUGACUCCACAAUACCUGAAAAUAGCCAAGAUAAUACCGGAGAGCCAUUGGAUGAACCAACUGUUAGAGCUGAAGAGGUCAUACACGGAAAAAGAUCKAGGGCCAAGUAUGAAAAAUCUGCAGAGUAUAUUAAAAGAAUGAACGACAGAACAGCAAUAAUAAAUAGCUUACAAGCGCAAAACGAAGCAAUUUUGGCUAGGGAAUCAUCUACUGAUGAGAUAGAUUUAUUUUUUAGGAGCAUUGCGAUUUCAGUAAACAAGCUACUUCCCAGAGGCAAAACUGAAGCUAAACUUAGUAUAUUAUCUUUAGUUGCACAGCUCGAAGAUAAAUACUUAGGUGACGCUGGAGUGCAAUACACUCAACCAACGAUUCAAACACCCACGCAAAUGAUGUUUCAAACGCCCUCUAGAUCUACAACAGAUUUCAACAAUAUUAUAUCACUUUCAAGCACACCAUCGCCAUGCCUCAGUUCUUCGUCGGCUACUUCUCAAGGAUUUGAGCCAUAUAUGUACAAUCAAUAA